AUGCCGAAGAUAUCGUCGCUCAAAACAUAUUUCGACGAGAUAGAGGAGACGAACGGCGAUGACGAAUGUAGGGCCUGGUUGAGUAGGAUUUUCGAUGCCAAGCUUGAACUCGCAACAUUUGUUGCUGCCCGCCGGGGAGGGGGCAGAGCCACUGAGUACGUAGGCUUCCUCAAGGGUUCCUUUAACUUCAGUUUUCGCUUCAAGUUCAGCGACGGAGGGCCAGAUGCCAUUAUUCGUUUUCCCAAGCCAGGACACAUAGCGACGGCACUAAGGGACGAGAAGGUCGCGAACGAGGUCCGAGUCAUGGAAUAUCUAAGCCAGAAUACUACCAUCCCUAUCCCUCGUGUUCACAGCUGGGGUUUCACUUCCCAGAGUCCGCAGCAGUUUGGCCCCUUCAUCAUUAUGGAGUAUGUCCAAGGGACGCUUUUGUCGACAAUCCUAAAGCAACCGAUGAAAAGCGACCAAGAGGACAUGGUCUUGGACCAAAGCAUCGACAACUCAAUGUUAGACAAGAUCUACCGUCAGAUCGCCGAUUACCUGCUUCAGCUCUCCCAACUCACGUUUACACGUAUUGGAGCUAUUACCAAAGACGGUGACACUUGGUCCGUUACCAAAAGACCACUGACGUAUAAUAUGAAUGAGUUGGCGACUGUUGCGGGCUACAGAGCUGACCUCUUUCCCACCACAACCUUCGAUCGUGCUAGCGACUACCUCAAGUCAGUCGCGCAAGAGCAUCUGGCUCACCUUUGGACUCAGCGCAACCUCGCAGAUGACCCAGAAACCGCGCGGGCGCGGUUUAUUGCCCGGCAUCGGUUCGCUCAGCUUGUCCCAAAGUACUGCAUCAACGACGCUGGGCCAUUUAUACCAUUCUGCGACGAUCUACGGCCUUCUAACAUGCUUGUUGAUCCGGAGACACUUCAAAUCACAGCGGUGUUCGAUUUUGAGUUUACAAAUGUCAUGCCUGCACAGUUCACGUACGACCCUCCUUGGUGGCUGUUGUUGUCUGGCCCAGAAGUGUGGCUUGAUCGUGAUUCCGUGGAAGAAUUCCAGGACCUUUAUGAGCCCAGAAUGGAGCAGUUCCUGCGGGCUUUAGAACAAGUUGAAGGCAUGUCGGUGCCUGGGAGGGAGCCACUCACUGAACCACGUCUCUCUACUCGGAUGCGUGACUCAUGGAGAUCUGGUCGCUUCUGGUUCGAUAUUGCAGCGAGAAAAAGUUUCGAGCUAGAUGCCAUCUAUUGGGCCGUGCUGCAUGACGGUGGCUCUGGUAUUGAGUUGCUUGAUGACGCGGCGCGCGCAGAGAUGGAGCCAUUCAUAGAGAGAAAAAUGAAGCAGCUGAAGGCGUACAAGGAGGAGUGUAAUGCUCGCUUCUCCAAGGAAGCGGAUGAAUGA